AUGAAUAAUAAUUGUCGGUUUGAAAAUCUUCCAAAUGAAAUAUUUUAUCAAAUUCAGUCUUAUUUAAAUUCUUCUGAUUUAUACAAAGCAUUUUUUCAUCUUAAUUUACGUUUUAAUAAUUUCCUUCAUUCAAUAAAUAAUCUUCAUUAUGAAAUUCGUUCAACUGUUGAAAAUCAACGUUUAUUGACUGCUUCAUAUGCAUCUCGUAUUACAAGUAUUAGUAUUCCUGAUGAUUCUGAUGCAAAAUCUAUAGCAGUAAUAUUCCCAAAUGUUCGUUCACUUAUUUUCUAUCGUGCAAUUCGAUUAAUCCCAGAAAAAUUAUCAAGAGUUGAACGAAUAAAACUCGAUUUAUCAACUAUGCGAGUAAAACAUGCAAGUGGGCUUUGUUCUUUAAUAUUUUCUAUUCAUUUUCCUUGUUUAACUUCUUUUUAUAUUUUACAUCGAAAAACUAAGGUUGUUGGUCAUUGGAAACCAUUAAUGAAUUCUAUUCGUCAUCAAUGUAUUACAUUAACAGAAUUUAUUUAUGAUAUUCGACCAACAACUGAUUGGAAUAUGGUUGAACAUUUUCUUAAAUUUAUGCCAAAUUUAAAACGACUUCUUAUUCGAAAAUUAAAUACACGUACAAAAUGGACAUUGUCAAAUAUUGCUGAUACAUUUCAAAAUAAUCUAAUACAUUUAAAUUAUUUAUUUAUUCAAAUAAAUUCAUUGAAUAUAAAUAAUUAUAUAAAUGAAGAUAAAAAUAAUUAUUUACUUCAUCCCCUAUUUACUUAUAUUAAAUCAAAACAAAUCAAAUCACGUAAACAAUCAUCAACGACAAUAAUUUCAUCACAAAUUCUUUAA